GGAAUCAGUCAGUAAUAGUGCCUGAUGUACGAGACAAGUCCUAUCAUGACCUGCUUGCUUUAGGAGUGAGUUAACCUUAAAUCAAUGCAUUAACUGGAAUCUCACUGUGACAUUUCACAGAGGACCGUACAUGUGCAGCAGACAAAUUACACAAAAUGUUUGGUAUAGACUUGGGCUCUAGUUAUAUCAGAAUGGCAUACUUAAAAAACAAACAAGCCGAGAUAGUUCAUGUCUCAUUUAAUCCUCCCAUUGGUAGUGGGUUAGUAUACUUCAGUGGCACCAGUAUCCACAUCGGGGAUGACAUCACCGCAGAUAUAUUCAAUAGAAAAAAUCAUGAGACGUUUGGAGUUAUGAGGCUUAUUGGACGACACUACGACACAUCAGUACAACGUUUUUCAGCAUACUUGCCCUACACUGUGCUCAACGUGGAUGGCCUUCCUAUGAUAGGGUGCACUCAUCAAGGAAUCAAAAAGAUGAUAAGCCCUGAACAUGUUUUAUGUUACAUCUUGAAAGUUUUGAAUCUAAAGGCUUUGACCCUGGUAGGACCAACGGAGUCACCCACUUUCGUGGUUUCUGUUCCCGGCUCCUGCAGUUACGCCCACAGGCGAGCUGUGAUCACUGCUGCAACCAGGGUCAGAAUGCGGCUCAACACAAUUGUCAACGAUACUACUGCUACUGCCAUCUACAAGAUGGAUGCAGAGUCCUGGCCUCGUAAUGUUCAGAAAUCGUGUGCCAUAAUCAACCUGGGCGGAAACUCAGUCACAGUGACAGUAGCAAGCCUUUCAAAGUGUAUAAUAACAGUUCUGGCCACGACUGGAGCCAGCUAUGUGGGGGGUCACGAUUACGAAGUUAUUUUAAUAGAACACUUAAAAGGUAAAUUUGAGGAACAAAAUAACCGCCCAAUGACCGAACACGAAGAGCGUCAGUUAAUAGAAGAAUGCUCUCGGAGACCCGUACUGGAGCUACUGGACACUACAUACACUGACAGUUUACCUACAAGCAGCACAGAUGCAGCAGAGUCAUUUAUCUUCAUUCAAUCUGAAGAUUCAUUUAAAUGGAUGACAAGUGUAGACGAUCUUAUAAAACAGUGUAUGGCAGAGUCACGUUUCCGUCCGAGAGGCUCAGGUACAAAUAUAAUCGACAAAAUCGUCCUUACUGGGAGUUGGGGCUUAUGGAAAAAGUUAAUGUACCACAUAUCAGAAUAUUUUGGGUGCAAGGGUACCAACGCCCGAUUCGCAAGUAAGUCCCAUGACAGGACCAUGGUCGCAAGAGGUGCAGCUUUGUUGGUGAUGUAUCAGGAGUGUAAGGUUGAUUUCAAGUUAAUUGAGCUGACCUCAAAACUUACUGUAAAGAAUCCAAAAGACAUUGAGACUGUGGUGAUUGCAGCGCAAACACCGAUCCCGAUAGAGAGAACCGUUUAUUUUGUCGUGGGUGCCAGAUGUAUAGAAAAUUACGUUUUGUUCCGAGUGUUUGAACACCCUAGAAACAAAUCAGAACGUAGCAUCUGUUUGGGUGGAGUUUCGCUGAUACAUCCUUGUUCCAAAUUGACUAUAUGUCACGUCAAAGUAACCUUUAAUAUUAGAGAGGAUUACCGCUUUAUUGUCACAGUAACAGAUGAGAUCCAUAACCUACAAAGGGAGGUUGUUAUUUCCGAGGACACUGGAGAUGACAUUACCAUAAAUCAUGACAACAUGUCAAAUAUAAAUGAAAUCUCGGAAGAAAUGUACAGGAAGAAUCUACAAUUACAGAAUCGUUUCAAAACCCCUGCGAUACCCCCUACCUUACCUAAGUCACAAAGUCCAACCAAGAAAGCCGAAGAUAAAUCAAAACUUCCAGAUCCUGUAAGAGCGAUUCCAUUACAUCAUUAUGAAGAGGGAAUAUUUCUCAAGCGAACUAAAUGCAAAACAGAGUGUAAGUGUGAAAGAUGUGCCACACCUGAAACAUCAACAACUACUUCUCAACCUCCAGCAGAAGCUCAGCACUCAGAGAAACCAGUUUCGAUGGUUAAUCUUACUACCCACCCAUCAGAACAAUAUGUCGCUACGACCCUUCAAUUAUCACCACUAACGUCCGAAUACUCUGCACCAACUAAACACCCAAAGUCACCUGUUCGGAUGAUAGAUCUUACAUCACCUCCACGUCAACAGAAUUUUCCCCGCACAAUUGCUGAUUUAUUAAAGAAUUUGCAGCGUUCUCCAACGGCUAAAUCCACUGCACGAUCUCAACUACCCGAGCAACCUGUACGGACCAUUGAUCUUACAUCACCUCCACCUCAACAGAAUGUUCCCGCAAAUCCCGCAUUAUACACUGGUCAAGGACCUUCUACUUCUUCACAGCCUAAUCCUCCAGACGUGCUAGGGCAUUGGGCAGGGGUGAGAGUAUUAGAAAAACCAAAGAGAAAUCAAGGUCCGAAAGGGAAGAGUGGACAAUCCCAACGAAACGUGGUGAGAAUAAUUGUCCCGUCUACUUUACCCAAAGAACACGUCGAUGAAGAUGAUAGACCGCCACUCUCGUAUGAACCAGCCGUUAUCGAAAUUUCUAAGUCAACACCACGAAAAAAGCCUAAUAUUCCUCCCACGUCCAGACAACCCAACGUAACCUUUGUUCUUCGUACGGAGAGUGGUCCUAAGCUUGGUCCUGGCUCACAUACCGCACCGCCUAGUACUACGAAUCAGGAAAUAACCCUUCCUAUCGCCAACCCCGACAAUGAAUUUCCAAGCCUUACCCAGAUGUUGGAAGAUUACGCUGUUGAGGACAUCUUGCCAACAAACCCAGAACAUCCUACCACUACGCCUGCAGCGUCCGAAUACAAUGUGGAGGACAAUGAAUGGACGGAAUUAGAGCCCACAUUUACAUCAGAAGUGAGCCAAGUGACAGGAGUAGGAGCUGCUGUUGCCGGAUUAUCUACAUUAUCCACGGGUAUUUACUCCCAACCUGUCCAGUUGUCUGCUGGUAAGACGUGGCCGCCAGAGCAAGAGGCGGUUGGAUCCCUUCCAUCUUAUACAUUUACUGCAGCGUCCGAACACAAUGUGGAGGACAAUGACUGGAUGGAAUUAGAGCCCACAUUUACAUCAGAAGGAAACCAAGCGACGGCUGCUGCUACUGGAUUUUCCACCCCAUCCACGGAUAUUUACUCUCAGCCUGUCCAGGUGUCCGCUGCGUCCGAAUACAAUGUGGAGGACAAUGAAUGGACGGAAUUAGAGCCCACAUUUACAUCAGAAGUGAGCCAAGUGACAGGAGUAGGAGCUGCUGCUGCCGGAUUAUCUACACCAUCCACGCAUAUUUACUCCCAACCUGUCCAGGUGUCUGCUGGUAAGACGUGGCCGCCAGAGCAAGAGGCGAUUGGAUCACUUUUAUCUUAUACGUCCACUGCAGUGUCCCAGUGCAAUGUGGAGGACAGACAAUGGAGGGGAGAAGAGGCCAGAUUUAUAUCACAAGGAGUUCAAGUGACAGGAAUAGAGGCUGCUGCUUCUGGUUAUCCUUCAUCAUCCAUGCAUAUUUACUCUCAACCUGUCCAGGUGUCCGCUGGUAAUACGUGGCCUCAAGAGCAAGAGGCGGUUGGAUCACUUUCAUCUUCUAUGUAUAAUGCAGUAUAUCCGCUUUUAGUGUCCCAAUACAAUGUUGAGGACAACCAAUGGAGGGAAGAAGAGCCCAGAUACAUAUCAGAAGGAAGCCAAGUGACAGGAUCAGGGGCCGUUUCUGGCGAAUUAUCUACACCAUCUACGUAUAUUCAGUCCCGUCUUGGCCAGGUGUCCACUGGUAGGACAUGGCAGCUAGAGCAAGAGGCGAUUGGAUCCUUUUCAUCCUAUACAUCCACUGCAGUGUCUGAAUGCAGUACGGAAGACCCCAUAUGGAGCACAUAUGGGCCCGGAUUUAUGACGGAAGUAACCCAAAGUGCAGGACAAGAAGCGGUGGCUGGUGGAUCAUCCACAUCAUCUACUUUUGUUCAUUCCGACCCUUGCCAGUUGUCUGUGGGUAAGAUGUGUCCAUCGAGACAAGAGGCAAUUGGGUUACUUUCAUUAAAUUUACCUACUGCAGGAAUCCAGUAUAGUGGUCCCGGAUCAGGCAGAUCAUCCACGUAUGUUCCUUCCCACUCUGGGUCAGUUGGUAAAACGUUGUCACCACUGGAAGAGGAAAUUGGAUCACUUUCACCUUAUUUAAGUACUGCAGAGUCCCAAUACGAUUCGGAGGACCUGCUAUUGAGGCCUGAUGAACUCAGAUCUAUGUCAGAAGGAAUUCAAAUUACAGGAAUGGAAGCCAUGGCUGGAGGAUCAUCUGCAUCAUCCACGUUUGCUUACUCCUACCCUAGCCAGGUGUCUGGUGGAAAGACGUGCAUACCCCCAGAGGCAACAGGGUUACACUCAUCUUCCUUGUCUGAUGAUUAUUAUCCUCCUUUAGUGUCUCACGAAGACACGAGAUGGAUGGCAGAUGAGGCCGGAGUUAUGGCACAAGGAAGCCAGAUUACAGAACAAGGUGCCGUUUCUGUCGGUUCAUCAACAUCGUCCACAUUUGUUCAUUCCCAUUCUGGAGUUGAUACAUUUGAUGAGAUUGCAUUAUUAGGACAGGAAAUUGGAUCACUUACACCUUUCUUAUCCAAUACAGGAGAUCAGGACAUCGAACAAGAAGCUGAGCCAAACAUACCAGGAGCUCAUGUGUACGUGCCAGGAGGAAAGUACAAGUCUUUUCCAAAAAGGACAUGCAAUAGUUCCUCUAGAUCCUCGUUGGAUUCUUUAGAUGAUGUUGGUCCAUAUCAUCCCCUUCCCCAUAAAAUUGAAGAACGUGCUCAGAAACCAACUCUUCGCAGAAGUAGACCCCCAAAGAAGCUCAAGACUUCAGGAAAGGAAAUGGAAGGAAAACCUUUUAUAUCGCCGUAUUUCCACCGCCCUGGCCAGAAGCCUACUGACAAACAAGGAGUGGAUAGUUCUCCGGAAAGUGAUUAGUCUGCUCGUCCUGUUCCAUACGAACUAGAGACAAGGAGUUCAGAAGAGCAUGUUCCUAAAAGAUCCAGGAAUAAAUAGGACCACCUGUGUCUGCUGGACAUAAGCUAUGAAAUAGAGUGACUUCUUCCUUCCAAUGUUUUAAGUUCCUAAGAACCAGAGUCAUUAAUGAUAGAAUUGAAAUAAUACUCCUAUAGAUUUAAAAAGUAAUUAUUUUAUAACCUUUAAUAGUUAAAACCAAAUUACUGAAGAGAGUUUACAUAACAAUACUAAACACGCCACUUCAUUUUGCAUGUCCAUAUGUGAUUAUUCGGAAACAGUUAUUUUAGUAAAUGUAUGUUUAUGUUCUUAGCGCCAUUUACUAAAGUUAAUAAUGUUACUCAUAAGCAUCAAAGAAAAAAUUGCAUGUUUUUAAAUUAUACUUCUUGUGUUGUUAUUCCAUAUUUAUUAAUACAUUUCAUGUUAAAGUUAAAAAAAGAUUAUAGAUAUUGUGCUGUACAAUUUUGAAGUUUAAAGAUAUGGUGUUUUGUGACGAAAUGUAAUGUUAAAGUUGGAUAAAUUAUGUUUA